AUGGGGAGGAACAGGUGGGGAGGAACAGAUGGGGAGGAACAGAUGGGGAGGAACAGGUGGGGAGGAACAGAUGGGGAGGAACAGAUGGGGAGGAACAUAUGGGGAGGAACAGAGGUGGUCGCUUCCGCCAUCACAAUCGAACAGCGUUUCGAUCCCCUCUCUGCUUCCCCCCAUCCCCCUCCCUGCUUCCCCCCAUCCCCUUCCCUGCUUCCCCCCAUCCCCUCCCCUGCUUCCCCCCAUCCCCCUCCCUGUUUCCCCCCAUCCCCUUCCCUGUUUCCCCCCACCCCCCUCCCUGUUUCCCCCCAUCCCCUUCCCUGCUUCCCCCCAUCCCCUUCCCUGUUUCCCCCCAUCCCCUUCCCUGCUUCCCCUCAUCCCCUUCCCUGCUUCCCCCCAUCCCCUCCCCUGCUUCCCCCCAUCCCCCUCCCUGCUUCCCCUCAUCCCCUUCCCUGCUUCCCCCCAUCCCCUUCCCUGUUUCCCCCCAUCCCCCUCCCUGCUUCCCCCCAUCCCCUUCCCUGCUACUUCUCAUCCCUCCCCCUGCUUCCCCCCAUCCCCCUCCCUGCUUCCCCCCAUCCCCUUCCCUGCUACUUCCCAUCCCCCUCCCUGCUUCCCCCCAUCCCCUGCCCUGCUUCCCCCCAUCCCCUUCCCUCCUUCCUCCCAUCCCCUUCCCUGCUUCCCCCCAUCCCCUCCCCUGCUUCCCCCCAUCCCCCUCCCUGCUUCCCCCCAUCCCCUUCCCUGCUACUUCCCAUCCCUCCCCCUGCUUCCCCCCAUCCCCUCCCCUGCUUCCCCCCAUCCCCUGCCCUGCUUCCCCCCAUCCCCUUCCCUCCUUCCCCCCAUCCCCUUCCCUGCUUCCCCCCAUCCCAUCCCCUGCUUCCUCCCAUCACUCUCAUUCUCCUUCCUCCUGCACUCACUCUCUCAGUCCUCUCGCACUCUCUCUCUCUCUCUCUCCGUCCUCUCGCACUCGCACUCUCCUUCCCGCCACCCUCAGCCCUCCUUCCCCUCACCCUCUCCCCUGUUCCCACCUGCCCUCCCCAUCCCCGCCUUUCCCUCUCUGCCCUGCCCUUCCCUUCUCCAUCCCUUCUCAACCCUUCCCUUUCAUGUCAUGCCCUCCCCUUCCCCCUCACCUUCCGCCCUCUAGUUCCCAUGCAUGUGCACCCAUCACUGUCUCCCCAUACCAUGGUGAAGCAGAGGAGCAAGCUGAGGCGCAGCUAG